GGAAAAAAGACGCAUAUCCGAUACUGUCCAAAAAGCUUCUGAGAAGGAUCCCAUUGCGACGAGGGGAGAAGAGGAAGAAAAAAAUCGCAGUUUGGACGCACACGCUCUGAAGGUGAGACAGUCAAAAUGAUGCGUAGGAAGAGCAGCUCCAGCUUGUAUUGAUGGACGUGUUAACCGACAGCAGUCUCACAUUGAUCGUGAAGACCUCAAAAUCACAGACUGCUAACUCUGCACAAAUCACAGGGGUAUGUGAGCAGAGUGGUGAUCUGAGUCUGUGUGGACUUGUUGAUGCUGCUGCACUCCCUCCAUCUCCACCUGCCACUUCACAAGGGGGUCCAGCGCACCAGAGGACUGCAGCGUCCCCACCCCUGCCCCUGGGCACUGAGUCCUCCCUGAGCCUGACAGCACCCCCCACCUGCCCCUCCACUCAUGACGCUCCAAGUGUGACCCCCCACCUAAACCCCACUCCCCCCUCCACAUCUGCUCUCAGCUCCUGGGGCCUGUCAGGACAGUCCCAGAAAAGUAAAGUCCCUGUCCCUGCUGCUCUUUCUAUGACUGCUGCCAUGAUGGAGCCCGGAGGUGCCCCCACGCUCACAGAGGAGUGUCUGCUGCAGCCAGCACGCACCUGCAUCGGCUGCUUCAUAGAGACACGCGACGCUGCUGACUCUGCCCCCAUAGCCAACCCACUGCACGAGCACACUGCAGGCCCUGAUGCAGACACAGGGCUGCGGAUAGGCGAUGUGAGCCGGGAGGACUUCUCUGACAUAAACAACAUCAACAUUCAGUGCCUGAGCCAUGCGGGGGAGGCUGUGAGUCACUACGGAGAACAGCUCCUCUCUGACCAGCUACUUAACUUCCCUCUGCCUAAGGCCUCAGGUGAGGGCAAGAGGGCAGAUGGAAAUAAGACAACAGAGGAUUGUGACGACCCAGAGGAUGAGGCAACAGCUAAGAACCUGUACGAAGGACUGUUGUUAGAUAAAGUGAGUGGAGAGGAGGUACUCUUGGCUAAUGCAGGCCAGGACUGGGGCUAUUUUGAGUCCUUCAUCAGCGAGAGCAAGAUGGAAUUGCUCGACCUUUGUUCAAAAAAUGAACUGUCUGUCAAUCUCUUCUCUGAAGAAGAUGUUGACAACCUCUUUGAUGAUGAAGAUGAUGACUCUACUUUAAGCAGUGAUGUUUGUUCUCUAAAGAUUCGUUACGAGUCUUUCCAGGAUAACAUGAGGGAAAAAACAAAUGUGCUCCAAGAGGAGACCCAGUUUAACUUUUUCCCAAGUGUCCUGGCCAAUUGUGCCAAAAAAGAGGAGGCUGCAGCAGUUUUGAGGAGGAGUGCCGAUGAGCCUAAAAGUGAUGAACUUAUACUGGAGUCCGUACAGGAAGCCAAGCUGGGGGACUGCAGUGGUAGGAGCCCUCUUGAUGGGUCCCAGGGGUCCCCCAUGUCCACUCCCAAAGUGAACUACCUAAUGGACUUCAAUUCCACAGAGGAAUCAGGGGAGUUCAGUGACGACAGCUCAUGCACGGCCUCUUCCUCUGACACGCUGCAAGAAGGAAAAUAUAAAAAGGGUCAUUCAAGUUUUCUUAGCCCAUCGAACCCUCUUAAUUAUGGCUUACGCUCUAAGAGAAAGGUUAGGUACAGUGAUGAUUACUUAUAUGAUGUUGAUUCAUUAGAAAGUGAGAAAAAUGCUGAGAAAAAAGAGAAAGGUCCUGCAGGUCAGAAAGAGGAGGAGGAUGUAGACUGGUGUCCCAAAAAGCGACGGAAAUCCUGUCGUAAAGAGCCUCCAGUUGUGAUUAAGUACAUCAUAAUUAACAGGUUUAAGGGAGAGAGGCUCAUGUCAGUGAAGCUGGGCAAGCUGGCCCCAGUAGAUGCUACUGUGAGCUUAGAUGCAGACACGGUAAACAAAUAUAAGACACUCGCUCCACUGAAGGAAUUCUGGCAGCAGAAGCAAAGAGAGAGACAGGAACAGCUUAAGCUGGCUGGCAGAGAUAAACAACAAUGUGGUUUUCAUCUAAAUGGACGCCAUCGUCUUUUUAAUUCUAGUCAUCUCAAAAGGAAAUACAAGAUAGCAAACAGGCUUAAGGUUCAGAGAAUUCAUGCUGUGGAGCAAUCAGUAACUGCACAGGGCUCCUGUCUCUCUGAUCAGGGCCAGGGACGUGUCACCCCCAUACUGGCGGGAAUAAUAGCAGCACCAGACCUCACAGCCACAAUAGACACAAGCCCUAUCACAUACACAGUCACAGCCAAGAGCCGCUCCCAGGUGAGAGAGGAGAGAGAGAGGAGGCGAUUGGGACCAAAUAAAACAAUCAGGAUAAGAAAAUUCAAAAGUGAAGCUAGGCUGAGGAGCUUGAAAAUGAAAGAGGCAGAAGGAGAGGAGGGGAGGAGCAUGACAAAUGAAUCGGAUGCCUGUGCUGUAGAAGCACAGGCAGAGCAGCUCACUGCUCAGCUGGAGGAAGCGAAGAGCUCAGCUACAGUCAAACCCAAUUUCCCUGAUAAUAGCAGCACAGCUCAAACAUCCCGAGAAGAGAAAUUCCCCUUUGUUUCGUCCUCAUGCUCCCCUGACAAAGCCUCUUCUACAGACGAGGCAGAGGCGGGUGUCCCUGUCAUCCCGGGGGGCUACCUGCAGACCCUGUUAGAUGCCACAGACUCCUCUGCUGCCACCAGCCUCCCCUAUUUCCCCCAGCAGUCCUCCAGGCAGCAGUAUCCUCUGGGGCUGUCCUUAGAGGAGAAGCAGUUCUCCUCUCUGCAGCUCGCACAGAGCUGUGUCCUGUCCCCUCCCUCGGAGUCAGAGCUCCAGCAGUCUCCACAAAACUGCUCCAGCUUCACUCCCGUGUGGCACCCACAGCUCUGUGCAAGUCACAGCCAGAGCUUUGGGCCCGAGACCCCCGAGACUCCAAUCUUACCCAACAACUUCCCUGCCGCUGUGCCACUGAAUGACAACCUGCCAGUGUCUAACUACACCCAGCUGAGCCCACAGGCUGACAGGCUGGUUUAUGACAAGAGCUACCUGACUGAGGCUGGCUUGCAGCCUGGGGCAGAUCUGCAAGUGUGUCAGUCAGCCUGCGUAGAGGGCCAGGUGCAAUACCAGAGAGGCUCUCUCUGCACAGACAAUGGCAGACUCAUCAGCUAUGACUCAGUGGGCUCCCUGUCAGCGUCCUCUAGCAAUUACAGCUCCCUGAGCCUCAAGUCCUGUGAGCGCGAGCAGGAGGAGGAGGGACGAGACACUUUCCUGGCUCACUGCAGUCCUAAAGUGGUGAUUCAGCAAAGUGUGGAUGCUCUAACCCCGCUCAGGGAAUCUUCCGACCUGCUGGAUAUCUCCAACUUCACCCCUGACAAGUUCAGACACUCGUCACUAUCUGAACUGUCUCCUCCUGAGACUCCAAACCUUUCCCCGCAGGUGGUGGGCAGAGAAAUGAAGAUUCCUGGAAAUGGUGGAGAAUAUCAGGAUGUGAACGACAUUAAUAUGGACUGUAAUAGAGAUGUAAAGUGGAACUGUGAAGUUAUGCAGCAACAAGAGCACACAACAAACACCUAUCCAACAGAGGACAGACAGUUCUCUUUGCACAACUUCAGCAGUCAGGACGUCCUGGACCUGGACAAAAAAGAGAUGCCAGGGGAAGAAUUUGAAGAACAGACAGGUGCCAAAAGUAUAAAGUCAAAGAGAAAAGGUAACUACAAGCAGCCUGCAGGACAGAGCCCAAAGAAAGCCCGCACCCCUAGAGCUCCUAAGUCUGACAAGGUCAAAACCUCUAAACAGAGCUCACGUUCCACAAAAAAGAUAAAGGCCAUGCUAGAGGGUAAGGCAGCGAAGAACCAAGCAGAGGGGGCAGGCCUGACAGAAAGCAGCACCGGGGACUGGUCUGGAACAGGCUGGUCCGAGGGCAACAGUCUGGUGGGGGAUGACCAGAGAGAGUUUGAGGAGCCAUCCAAUAUUCUGUCAAAUAUCGUCUCUGGGAUGGCAGAAGUCCAGAGGUUCAUGAUGGCCUCUAUAGAGCCACUGUGGGACCCCAUGUCUGAGGCUUGCAUGCCCCCUGAGGCCAAUAGUCUCAACCUCAAAACACUCCAAAUCCUGGCGGGCACUGAGGCCGACCUGAAAAAGAAAGGAGCGGUGCUUGCUGGGGCUGGUCGAGGCAGAAAGUCAGGGGGCAAAGGGGGUAAAAACCAAGCUAAGUUCAAUGCCUCCCACCCGCUUUUCCCUCAGCUCGCUCUUGGUUGCAACAUGUUUGACAAACCCAACUUUAUUAACCCUGGUCCCGCACACAAAAAACUGUACCGCCAUAAGACCAGUGCCAAGUUCCCUCGCAUUGAAACACUGAAGGGGAAGCGAGCUGAGAGAGACCCAAAUAAGGACAUAGCUCUGAUGACCUCUUUUGAGAAACUGAGGUAAUAUUUUCUUAUCAGCGGCUGUCGCACCCCCUCUCACUCUCCCUCCAGUACCUGCUCAAACUUCCUCCCAAUGCAUACCUACACCAACGCUAUGCCAGAGCUGCAUGACUACUACGUUUCCUU